ACAGUUCUGAUGAGGAGGUCUUCUAAUCGACCCUCUGAGGCAAACUGCCGCUGAGGAACCGGAGAACUUCCCUCAGGAGAAGGGACGUUACUGCAGUGACUCUCAAACAAACCUUCCUCGCUGAAACUUGCAUGUAUCAUCAUCAUCAUCAUCAUCAUCAUCAUCAUCAUCAUCAUCAUCAUCAUCAUCCACUGAAAGACAGAUUUCAACCUUUUCAUGGUCACAGCUGUAAGAACAUCACUACCUGACUUCUUUUUGUAAGAACAAACAUUUUGCAUGAAACUGUGCAAGUACUUCACUUCACUUGUGAGAGUUGAGUUUCAUGAAUAUACAGACGAACCUAAACAUCGAAGCCAAACUUAUUUAUCUUUGUCUGUUUACUUGUAUAUAAUCUAUACUUGCAUCACUUUGUAUUACUUUGAAUAUUUCACUAUUUUCAAAACAGCAAAGAUUUGUGGACUGAUGUCUUUGACAAAUGUAAUAAAUGUGAACUUUUAUGAUGGAAUAAAUACAAUAUUCUCAAUAUCUGUGUUUAUCAGUUUCCAUUUAUGGAUCGUUCCUACAGUGAACCUGUAGGUGUCCCUGUUGCUCAAGUUUCAGGAACUGUAAAAAUUCAGUCCUGGUGAUUUUCUCCUGCAGGGACAUCCGGCAUGUUUCAAGAUAUUUCAAGUCAUUUUGUAUUUGACUCACUGUAGCAGCAGAUGGUCCAGUGAAACGUCUUUAAACGCCCAGAUGCCUUCAAUGUUAUCAUAAAGCUGUUGGGACUUCUUGCAGCGAGCGGCACAAUCUGCCGCCACAGAUUAGUCUGGGUCCUGAUAUUUCAUCAUAUAUCUGGGGUGGGCUGAUCCUGCAGCAGCAGCAGACUGUAGCUGCAGGUAAAGAGGACUCGUCUCUCAGGUGUCAGGAGCUGAAGUUUUCUCUGAAAAGUAAAGUUCAGGGUCUUUUCCACAGGUUCCAUGGCUUUCCUCACCAAUCUCACCAUCCUGCUGGUGCUGGCUUGUAUUUCCCAUCAGCUGAUGUUGGGCAGCUGUCAGAAGGGUCGAAGGGGACGAGGGGGACGCGGGGUGGACAAAGGACAGAACAAGGACAGGUCAGGGGUGAAGGUCGGCCGCCAACCCAAAUCUGUCUCCGCGCAGCCCAUCAAGGGGAAACUGGUCACCAAGGACAAGUCUGAGUGCACCUGGGCGGCCACAGGUGAGGACGUCUUCGUCCUCGGGGUCACGUGCAGGAAGGGGGACAGAAGCUUCAGCUGUGAAUACGUCUCCCAACCUUCCCUCUGUCAGCGGUACACCUCCAACCCCAAACUCUACUGGAAGCAGAUAGCGAGGGCACUGAAGAAGCAGAGGAACCUGUGCCAGGACAGCAGCGUGCCGGUCAGGGCAGGUAUGUGCAGACAAGCUGCCAGAGACGCUCAUUUCAGACUCCGAGAUGUUCAGAGGGAAACUGUCCUGCCUCCUCCUCCUCCCCCUCCACCUGCGGCCAGAGCUGUCAAAUCCUGUCAGCCUGGAAACAAGCGGCUGGCGGAGGAGCACUGUAAUGACUCCUGGUCGAGUCUGUGCACGUUCUUUUUUACUAUGGUGCAGGAUGAUGAUUGCUGAGACAGAGAAAAGUGAAGAAUUAGAAAGAAAAUCAGCUUUUUAUGAUGUCACAUCUUAUUAUCUAACUCAAACACUUAACAAAAGUUAAACUAGUCACGAAAAAGUUUGCAUUUAUGUGCACAUGCCUUUGAGAUAGAUCUUCCCAAUGUUA